AUGGACAAGCGUGAAGCCAUCACGGCAUCCAACCUAGGUCCGGUCGUCAGCUUGUUGACCUGGAUCAUGGGGGCUUCGAUCCUCCUCGCCGUCGGUAUCAAGUUCACCCUAUCGACCGUCAUGCCGGGCAAGCGCUACAUGGAGGACGCUGCACUGUUUCUCGCCACGGGCUUCAGCAUUGGCUUCACAAUUGCCAUGUCUUUUGCGGUGGCGAACGGAGUCGGCAGACACCAAAGCACACUGGCAACACAUCAGCUAGAGUCCUUACAGAAAGCAGUCUACCCAGCCGACGUUCUGCUUGUUCUAGUCUCGACCUGCGUGCAAGGCUCAGUUCUCAUCUUCUUCCACGAGCUGACGCCGGACCGUCUCCACCAAAGGCUGAUCUAG